AUGGCAGGUGUCACUCCAUCUGAGCAGUCCUUCAAACAGAUGUGGGAUGAGGCGGAGGAAAGGUUUGUCAAGAUCACCAAGAAGCCGCUGAGAUCGUCGCCAAAGAAGAGCCUGAACGAUGUCAUUCAGGACCUGGAGAAUCGAUACAAUGAGUCAGGCCCGGCAGACGACGAACGCAACAAGCCGCGAGCAAAGGAACUUGUCGAGAAUGUCCUCAACUGCAUCAAGCUCCUGGGUGGCAUCGCCGCACAAGGCGCCUCCAUCGUAUUCGGGCCUGCAAAUCUAUGUUACAGCGCCGUGUCCUUUCUCAUCGACAUCCCCUCCCAAGUAAGCUCGCUCUACGAUGGGCUUGCGGACCUCUUUCAAAGAAUUUUCACCUUCCUCAAAACGUUUCAAAUCUAUCAGAGGAUAGAGGACUUCGCUGAAGUGGACCUGGAGUUGAAACAAACUACUCACAAGCUCAUGAUCAGCUUCGUAACGAUCUGCGCCCUCUCGAUCAAAGUGCUUGGCCCUUCAAAGCUGCGCAAGGCGAAGAUAGCUGCUAAGCUCAUUCUCUUCGGAGACGACUCGGGCGUCGGGGCCGAGCUGUCCAAGUUCAAGAAGCUAGUGGAAGCAAAUUCUCAGAUCUCGGAUGCUGUCACUCUGGAAGUGGUGCUGGAGUCCCAUCACGACUUGGACAGUAAACUAAAGGUCGUUCAUGACAAGUUGAUUGAGGCGUCCGAAGAGAGUGGACGAAAGCUCAUGCUCAUCGCCACUGGGCUAGACGCUUUGGUCAAGGCAGAGAAUGAGCGGAAAUUGGAGAAAGCUCAUCAAGAUCAGGUCGACGCUCUGUUGAAGAAAUUGUCCAUAAAGAUGGAGACGGUGCAGGCCUGUGAGCAGAUGUAUCAGAACAUCAGGGCUGCUACCGUAAGAAGCACUGGUAUUGGUUGGCUUCACACAGAGCCCGAAUACGAAACCUGGAUUAGAAUCGACUCCAAGCCAGAUUCACUCCUUCUGCUUACCGGCGGUGAGAAGUCUGGAAAAUCGUUCUUGGUCUCAACGAUGAUAAACCAAGCUGCGUCUCAGAUUCCAGAAUCGAUGCAAACUUCCAUGAGAGUCUCAAUCGCUUACUAUUACUUCCCAGAACCUGACGAAAAGCCGUCAAGGGAGACCUCCGUUAAAGAGACGCAAUUGCCCACGACAGCAUUAAAGUCCAUGGCGGUUCAGAUUGCAAAGCACAACAGCCAGUAUGCCAAAGAAAUGGCGGCGCUCGGAGACAAGCAAGCGGGCGAGGCUUGGACAGACCUGUCGUGCAACGCCCUCUGGCAAACUCUACAACUCGCCGCCCCUAAGAAGGAUGUCACAUAUUUCCUUUUCUUUGACGGGCUUGAUCAUGUGGAAGAAAGCAAGGCCCAGGAAUUGCUCCAGGUGCUUCUCAACGACAACUCCCCACGGUUGCGGAUCAUGGCUUCUUGCAACCCCAAUUUUGUCGAGAAAACCCGAAGCAAGCUAGACAGCAUAGGACGCAGAAUUCCCCGAAUUGCCAUGGAGUGGAACAACUGGCUAGAUAUCGCGGCCUAUGUCGAAUACAGUAUGAAGCACAAUAAUCUCCUUCAGGGAAAAGAAGAAGAGACCGUCGAGCUUUUGGACUACAUAAAGGGCAAGGUUCUAGAGCUUUCGAAUGGAAACUACGAUACUCUUCGGCGCCUUCUCGACGAAAUCAAAGGAGCGAUCUCGGCAGACAAGUCCCAUGACGAAAUCCGUGCAUAUCUCGACCAUGAUGCGAAGCAAACCGAACCGCUUGUCGCCCAGAGAACCAUCGACAGUCUCAACGCUGCAUUAGAGCCACACGAAAUUACUCAGCUGAACGAACUGCUGGCCUGGGUUAUCUACGGCAAGGCCUGGUUCAAGCCGCAACACUUGAAAGGGGUGUUGGUUCUGUUUUAUGGUCGCACACCGGCGAAGACGGUGGAAGACAAGCUUGACGGAGUCUACCGGAAAGUUCUCCGAGUCGACUCGGAUGGCAACGUCGUCGUCGACUCUGAAAUUGAGAAACUACUGACGCAGGUCCCGCGCGUCCGUGUUGACAAAGAUACUGUGGAUGAUACCAAACCCUUGAUCUCGAUGACCAUCACAAUCAACCGGGUAGAUGUGGACACGGUCCGCCGAUUCUUGUGGGAUUUGAGCGAAAAGGCAAAUUUUGGCAAGAGCUUGCCGUUUGAUGCUCUUGUUCCCAUGGCUCAGGCCCAGGUGAAACCAAGAAUAACUGCUAACCGUGCAGACGGGCAGCUCACAAUGACAAGGCGAUGCAUGAAACUACUCAUGGCUGAUCCCGACUCGAGAACGGAAUCCCUCAUCCCAUACGCGCUUAAAUAUCUUCCUCGGCAUCUGCAGGAUCUGCGUGGGCGUGUAGAUGAAGACGGCAUUGAUAUGGCAGAGAGAAAAGAGAUUGGCCGGUCUCUAGUAAGUCUCUUGUUCGAUACCGGAUUCAUUGAAAAGCACUGGGCUCUUGGUGAAGGCCUAGAAACAGAAUGGCUGGACGGAGACUUUUUGUGUGACGCUCUACCUGCGUGGCUGCGAGAUAGCGCAACAGCGGAUGGUUUGUUAUACAGGUACAGACAGUGGGUGGAGCAAGCUGUGUCGAGCGAGAACCCAGGGAUUGUGGCUCUGAAGGACAUUACUCUCAUGGUUGGUAGGCAAUGGCUGUGCGACAGGAAAUGGGAAAACAUCGAGGCAAUGGUGCUUUGGAUGCUGUCCUACCUCAGCCCGGACAAAGCCCAAGUUGCGGGUGUUGAGGUAGAUUCAACCGAAGCCCAGGAAGAUGCAGGCGCUGGCGAUGACACGCAGACAGAUGAAGGUGCUCUUGUCGUUGCCCGGUUGGAUGAAGAGGGGCCAAAGGAGUCAAACCAGAUAUCUCGGGCGGCUGAGUGGGUCGAAAAGGAACUUAAGGUUGAACAUAAAACUUCCCUUUGGUACGAGCGCCUUGGACAAUCGUUUCUGGCUUUCAGUAUGGCAGAGGCAGCAAAAGAAUCAUAUCAGCAGGCACAGAGCAUGCCGAAUGCUUCCUGGAAAUGUGGCGAAGGACUCGCGCUCGCGUUCGAAUCCGAGGGGAGCCUGCAAUCUGCUGUGGAUGAAAUGACAUCUGUGGUGAGCCAGCUGAAGAGCUUGCCGCAGGAGCAGAACGAAACCAAUAUCGCUACCAGUCUUCGGCGUCUGGGAGGCUGGCAAGUCCAACUUGGCCACAGCGAGGAAGCGAUUUCGGCAUACCGGGAAGUGGUGGAGCUUGACCUUCAUGACUACGAGACGUGUUGGACUUUUUUGGGCUUACUCAUCCGGUGUCAACGAGCUGGAGAAGCUCUGGAAAUUCUGAUCUGCAUGAUUGAUCAAAGGGGCAAUGAGAGUGGUGCAACUCGCCUGGGGGAACUGUUUAUGAGCUUCUCGUCCGAGCAUCUGGACUCAUUAGACACAAUCUUCAGCGUGGCACGCCGCGACAAGCUUUUCAAGACGCUCCUGGAGACCGUGCUCCAAGCAGUUGAACUUGCUCGGAAGAAGGAGGACAAAUCGCCACUUGCGUAUCUUCUCUUCUUCUACGGGGUGGCAAUCGCUCAUCCCAACUACGAAGACCGACGCCCGGAGGAGGCUCUUCGCUAUUGGGAGGAACUGUGCCGCAUGGGAUUUGGGAAGUGGGGCACCUGGGUCGACACCGUUGUGAGCCUGGCUGCCCGAUUCAUCACUGCACACCAUUUUUCACAUGCCUUAGCGGCGCAUAAAGAGGGCAAGGACUCGACCUUUCAUAUCUCUAACAUCGAAGAACUCAUCAAACGGGUCCAUUCCGCAUGGUAUUACGACUACAAUGGGAUGGAGAAAAAAGUGCGAACGUUCCUGGGGAGCUACUACGCACGAUCGGGACAGAACCAGCAGGCGAGAAAGGUUCUCCAGAACGACAUGAGGGAUGCAUUGCUUCUUUUAUCUGACGAUGACCCAGACAACGACUGGCAAGGGUAUAUCGCCAUGGCGGAGGUGUCGAUGCAUGCCGGCGAUGAUCUCAAUGCGUUGAGUGCUUGGUCGCUGCUCGCCCCGAAAGAGGUGAACGAGGAGUCAGCUGGAGACGCCACAACUGACAGGGGAGACACUAUUUUCAGUUGCGACGGCAAUUGCGGCCGUAGGUGGUCCCACGCUGAUGACAUGUACAUGUGCAAGAUCUGCCCGGACGUCGAACUAGAUGCGGGUUGUCUGGAAAAGCUCAAGACGGGGACGCUCAAUAGGUAUAUUUGCGAUGCCAGCCACGACUGGCUGCACGUCCCGAGCUGGCCCUACGACAAUUACCGAGUGGCAGACAAAGGGAAAGUGGUUGUGGGAGGAGAGAUGGCUGAUGGGAGACGGGUCGGUGGCGAGAAGGUUCCCGUCAAUGUCUGGAUCCAGGGGAUUUACGAGCAGUGGGGAAUCCCGAAGCCUGAGAGGGACGAGGCUGAGCCUGAUCCUGAGCCGAAGCCUGAGGAGAGUACAGUGUGA